UUGAUGAACACCCCCUUCCCUGACGAGCCCGUCGAGCUCAUAUUCCUUGGCACUGGCACCUCAUCCACCGUACCACAUGUGGACUGCUUGACUGCACCACCGGAAGCUACACCUUGUCGAACAUGCAUGUCGACGCUUCGACCAGAGGGGAAGAAGAACAUCCGGCGGAAUACGUCUGCAGUUCUACGCAUGCGCGACAAGGACGGCGAGAAACGCACGAUCAUCAUCGACGUCGGGAAAAGUUUCCAGGCGUCCGCGAUAGAGUGGUUCCCUAAAUACGGCCUCCGUCGGAUCGAUGCCGUGCUCAUCACCCACGCACAUGCGGACGCCAUGAACGGUUUGGACGACCUCCGAGGUUGGACGCUGCGGGGCGCGGUCCAGCCACAUGUCGACCUGUACGUGACCAUGCAUACUUUCCAAGAGGUGCAACGCGCCUUCCCAUAUCUGGUCUCAAAGGAGUUCGCAUCCGGUGGCGGCGACGUCCCUGAGUUCAAGUGGCACAUCAUAGAAGACCGAGUGCCGUUCGAAAUAGAGAAUACCGGCAUAAGGAUAGCUCCGUUUGCCGUGCAUCACGGGCGAUUCUUUUCCACCCUCCCUGCUCGGGAAUUUUAUCCCACGCCAACCUCGUUGUCGCCCGCGUCAACAAAUCCUUCAACACCGCCUCAACAGCCGAGCACACCACUGCCUAUCGAGGAGCCUAUCGAGGCCAAGCAGACAAUACAGCCCUACUUGUGCCUCGGCUUCGUCAUUCAGGACGCAAUCGUGUACCUGUCAGAUGUGUCGCACGUCCCAGAGGACGUCUGGGCCAUGUUUGGGCGUGCGCAGAACCAGGACUGCGCGCAGGCGGUCCCGCCGGUGUUCGUGCUCGACUGCCUCCGGCUUGAGCCACACACGUCGCACCUCGGGAUUGCCGAGGCGAUGACCGUCGCGCGGCGCAUGGGUGCCGCCCGGACGUAUCUCACUGGGUUCGGACACGAGGUCUCUCACGAUGAGUACGUCUCUAUCACCGAAGCGGCCGGUGGGAAGGCCUUGGACGAGGCGCAAUUGACCCCGACGGAGCGGGAGGCGCUUGCGCUCGUCCCCGAGGGCGAGUCGAUAUGGGUGCGCCCUGCGUUUGAUGGCCUUCGCGUAUUCGUAUCGGGUGACAAGGAGGUGCAAGACGAGGCAUACGACCAGAGAAGCAUACUGUAGACUGAGUUAUAAGUUCGUUCAUUGGUACCUGUCUGGUUUUACAGGUAUACAUCUUGUUUGUAUUAUACGGUCGUUUUUCAUAAUCUUCUCCCAUUGCUACUUAUGCAUGAAUUCAC